UUCUCCCACGCAAAUUUUAAAAUAAUUCUUCAAACCACCGCGACUUUCAAAUUCCUCGUUCUUCAUGCACCCCUGUACAAUACAAUCCUCGCAGUCCACACGUCUUUUUUCUCUCCUUUCCUUGCUGUUUCAAGUUUCACAAUCCAUAUCUUCUUUCUCUUUUCAUAUAAAUACCCUUCUCUCUUCCCUUAUCCAUUUCAACUCCACAACACAAAACAAUCCCAAACUCAAACACAACAAUAACUCUAUUCUUACAUUCUUAUAGUCAAAGAUGGUUGAUUUACACUGGAAAUUAAACAUGCCAAAUUCCGACAUGUCUUCCAAAUCUCCAAAACUCUCUAUCUCCGACAAAUCCUCACCACGCAACAACUCUCUACCCUUGUUGCAACCACUUUCAAUCACAAAUGAUAUUUCGGCCGCGGCGCCUCCUCUUUGCGCGGCGUAUGACUACUAUAUCCGAAUCCCGGAGCUCCGCAAGCUUUGGGAAUCAAGAGAAUUCCCAAACUGGGGCAACGAACCAAUCCUUAAACCAGCUUUGCAAGCACUCGAGAUCACAUUUGGUUUCAUCUCUACUGUUCUCUCCGACCCCAGACCCUACACGAACCGUUCAGAAUGGAACCGCAGACUCGAGUCCAUCGCCACGCAGCAGAUUGAGAUUAUCGCCAUGCUAUGUGAAGACGAGGAACAAAACCCCGAGACACGUGGCACAGUACCAACCGCUUAUCUCAGCAGCGGCGAUAGCAAAAUCAGAAGCUACAGCGAGAGGAGUCUUCUUCCACAGCUUGCCACGUGGUACAAAUCCAAGGACGUGGCACAGAGGAUUCUUCUCUCCGUGGAGUGUCAAAUGAUGAGGUGUUCUUAUACGCUAGGUUUGGGUGAACCGAACCUCGCCGGAAAACCGAGCCUCAGAUACGACACCGUUUGCAAGCCGGACGAAGUUCACACGCUGAAAACGACGCCAUAUGACGACCGUAUCGAUAACUACGAGAAUCACGCGGUGCACGCGACUCAUCAGAUCGUUGAGUCGUGGAUCCACGUGUCGCGGAAGCUUCUAGAAAGAAUCAGCGACGCGAUUGACGGGAGAAGGUUGGAGAAAGCGGUGGAGGAUUGUUACGCGGUGGAGAGGAUCUGGAAGCUUCUUGCUGAUAUUGAAGACGUUCAUCUGAUGAUGGAUCCAGCUGAUUUCCUGAAGCUGAAGAAUCAGUUAUCGGUGAAAUCGUCAUCAUACGAAACGGCGGCGUUUUGCAUGCGGUCGAAGGAGUUGGUCAACGUGACGAAGAUGUGUAGAGAUUUGCGGCAUAGAGUGCCGGAGAUAUUGGAAGUUGAGGUUGAUCCUAAAGGCGGACCUAGGAUUCAAGAGGCGGCGAUGAAGCUGUAUGUGGCGGAGAAGAUGAGUGGGUUCGAUAAGGUUCACUUGUUGCAGGCUAUGCAAGCUAUUGAAGUUUCUAUGAAGAGAUUCUUCUAUGGUUACAAGCAGGUGCUGACGGUGGUGAUGGGGAGUUCUGAGGCGAAUGGAAACCGAGUUGGGCUGAGUUGCGAUGGCGGUGACUCGUUGACUCACAUGUUCCUUGAACCCACGUAUUUUCCAAGUUUGGAUGCUGCUAAGACUUUUCUUGGAUACUUUUGGGAUAAUGAUAACAAAUGGGUGUCAGAAAAUUAGAAUUACUCUAGAUUGAUAGCGAAACAUAUAAAAGAAAAUAUGUAUGAUCAUUAAAUUCUUUCCUUUUUUUAAAAAAAGUAUAGUGGAUUAAAUUUCUGGUAAAAGAAAAAUUAAAUUUUGUAA